AGAAAGCAUAAUAAUGAUUGUGAUAAUAAUAAUGUAUUUUGUGGUGGUUAUUCAUUUGCAAAUUUAAAUAUCUUUUAACUGGACGGCAUCGACAAAUGGGCUUUUUACAGGCUAAACCAUGAAGAUGAAGGAAAUCCACGAAUCAUAUUUGAAUCCUCAUUGCAUUUUAGUGAUUUUGCUGCCGCUUCGAUCUGGCAUCAAUCUCUCCAGAAGCUUUGACAGCAAGCACGGAACCGCCGAAUGAGUUCGCUCUACACGAGUCGCAUCAGACUCGUCAAUCCUAUUCGCUUCGUCCAAAUCCUUCCCUAUCACUCUGCUAAACAAAAUUCCCCGGUCAAACAUGCUGAAUUCAAUUCGAAUUCUGCCGCCAAAACCCUAGUUCCUAAUCCGAAUCCCAUAAACCUUGAUCCCGCAACUGUUCGCCAAGCUCUUCUUACCUACCGCAAUGACUGGCAUCGCGCGUUCGACUUCUUCAACUGGGUCCAGAGCGAAUACCGCCUCCAGCUCCCCACCGAUACCUAUAAUCUCAUGAUCGACAUUCUCGGUAAGUUCUUGAAGUUUCAGCUAUCCUGGGAUUUAAUUCAACUCAUGCGGAAAUUCCCCUGUUCGUUCCCGGACCAUACAACAUUUCGAAUCAUGUUUAAACAUUAUGCGUCGGCUCAUUUAGUGAAAGAAGCGAUCCAGACAUAUGAAAAGCUAGGGCAGUUUAAUUUAAAGGAUGAAACUUCGUACUGUAAUCUUAUCGAUGCACUAUGUGACUACAAUCAUGUGCAUGAAGCCCAGGAAUUGGUUUUUGGGAAGAAUGAGAAUAUAAAAUUGGAUGGCAAUGCGAAGAUUUAUACCAUUGUUCUUCGCGGGUGGUUUAAAUUAGGGUGGUGGAGCAAGUGCAGGGAGUUAUGGGGAGAGAUGGACAGAAGAGGAGUUCAAAAAAAUCUGCGUUCGUUUGCGAUAUAUAUGGAUAUAUUGUGCAAAAGUGGAAGGCCUGAGAAAGCUGUGAAAUUAUACAAGCAGAUGCAAAGCAAACGGAUGAAAUUGGAUGCGGUAGCCUAUAAUAUUGCUAUUCGUGCCAUGGGUCUUUCACAAGGGGUUGAUUGUUCGAUUGAGCUCUUUCGCGAAAUGGAAUAUUUAGGGUUGGAGCCCACUGUUGUAACUUAUAACACUGUCAUUAAGCUUUUGUGCGAUAGUAACAGGUACGAAGAGGCACUAGUAAUACUAAAUACCAUGCGUAAGAAUCGAUGUCAGCCUAAUGCAAUUUCAUAUCAUUUCUUUUUUGAUUGUAUGGAGAAGCCCGGCAAGAUACUUGCGUUGUUUGAUAGGAUGAUUGAAAGUGGAGUUCGGCCAAGCAUGGACACCUAUGUGAUGCUUAUGAGGAAGUUUGGGGAAUGGGGAUUUCUUCGACCAGUUUUUGCAGUGUGGAAGAAAAUGGAAGAACUUGGAUGUCGUCCAGAUGCUUCUGCUUACGAUGCUAUGAUUGAUGCUCUUGUGAAAAAGGGAUUCAUGGACAUGGCUAGGAAGUAUGAUCAAGAGAUGUUAGCAAAGGGACUUUCAUCCAGGCCAAGGAAAGAGGUGGGGUCUGGGGACAGAAAUGUCGGUGACAGAUGAAUCCCUGAACGGCAGCUUCGCUUCAAUACAAUGUACAAGCUUUCAGGCUUCUCAGGAAGACUAUCACUUUCCAGCAAAUCAUUUUAAGUCUGGCAUUGGGAAGUGUACCUGCUGCAUCGUCUCCUUCCAAAUGCAGCUGCUCUAUCACUCUAUUUCCCGGAAAACGACAUCGCCCCUGGAGUCACACCAUCACUAAGAACAUUCUAGUGCUUGUCUGCUCUUUCAAAGGACUGUCUUAAUGCCUCUGUUUCAUUGCUCAUAAAUUCGAUGAAAAAGAACCAUGAAAUGUCGACAUUUCUGCAAUUCCACAGUUCAAUCCUUAUGACUCGGAUCACUUCGCCAGGGAUUUAAUAUGCUUGAGAUGCUCCCAGGUGGAGCUGUGUUGGAUGGGACAGGAGAUGUUUUAGUCACCUGUUGGUGAAGUGGAUGCCACAAGUAUGAGUGGUCGACACAUAAUACUGAGAAGCUACGAAGACUACCCCAGAAUCAUCAUUUUCUUGGCUUUCAUUUUAACCAGAAGCCAGUCUCUGAACGUGUUAUAUCUUAACACUUUCUGUCACAUAUAUAAAAGGAUGGUAAAGGAUGGCAGUGGAUCAUUGAGAAUGAAUAGAAUAGAUAGAGUCAGGAAUGGCUUUACACGACCACUCCAUCAACAUCAACCCUACCUCAAUACUGUAGGAUUAGCUUAUGACAAUAAUCUUAUUUAGAAAGCCAAGAUGAUGCCUUACAUCUAUUUGGAUA